UCAUUAAUGCAGGCAACAUUUUCCUGUAAAGCCAUCAAAAAGACCUAGCAACAAAUCCACGUUCUGAACAGUAAAAUAAUGAUUACCUUUCCUGUUGUUUUUCUUCUGCUUCUGUGUGGAACUGCUGAUAUACAGGCAGAUGUUUCCAGCUCGGCUCCUGGUACAGCAUACAGUGUAAUGGUUUCUUCAGUGUCUUCUUCAGCCUUCAGUUCACCUGUCAGCAAGUCAGUAGUUACUAAUGAAACCAUUCCAGGACCACCAGUAUCUUUAGCUGGAGAAAGAGUUGGCUCUGCAGGAAUUCUCCUUUCUUGGAGUAUACCACGAAAUCCAAAUGGGAAGAUUUUAGCCUACAUUGUUAAUUACAGAGAAAUGUGUCCUUGGAUGCAGUCAACGUAUAACCAAGAAACAGCCCCACCAGAAAACUUAGAGGUUCUUUUGACAAGCUUGAACCCAGGAACUACUUAUGAAAUAAAGGUUGCUGCGCAAAACAGUGCUGGUAUUGGAUCAUAUAGUGAACCUUUUCUAUUUCAGACUGCAGAAAGUGCUCCAAGGAAAAGUUGUGGAAUCUGACUGUCGAGGCAAUUAAAUUCUUCAGCCGUAAAUCUUACCUGGUUCUUACCACGGCAACCAAAUGGAAAGAUAACUAGUUUCAAGAUUAGUGUGAAACAUGCAAGAAGUGGAAUAAUAGUAAAGGACACCACAGUAAAAGUGGAAGAUCUGUUGAAUGGACCAUUACCUGAAUGCAGUGAUAAAAGUGCAUCUUUUCUAUGGAGCACAACAAGCCCCUCUUCAACCAAAGGGCAACCUACAACCACUCUUCCUCUUAUACCGCGGUCUACAAUAUCCAGGUCAUUUGACUCUAUUUGGAGUGAACCAAUCACCUUUAUUGUGGGUCAGCUAAGGCCAUAUACCACUUACUUGUUUGAAGUGUCAGCGGUUACCAAUGAGCCUGGCUAUAUUGAUAGCACUAUUGUCAGGACACCAGAGUCAGUUCCUGAAGAUCCUCCACAAAAUCUUGUUCAGGGCAACAUCACAACAAGGUCUUUUUCAGUUACCUGGGAUGCACCAACUAUUAUAACAGGAAAAUUUAGCUACAGGGUUGAACUAUAUGGCCCAGCUGGUCGUAUUCUGGAUAAUAGCACAAAAGACCUCAAGUUUACUUUUACUAACCUCACACCUUUCACGACCUAUGAUGCAUUUAUCAGUGGCGAGACAAGCGCAGGUGUUGGGCCAAGAUCCAACAUAUCUGUUUUCACUCCACCUGAAGCACCAAGUGCAGUGUUUAUGCUGAAUGCAAAAGAUGUUGAAGCUGAUUUUAUAACAGUUACCUGGCAAAAACCACAACAACCAAAUGGCAUCAUUACUCAGUACAGAAUAAAGGCGCUUAUAAAUGAAACUGGAAUGGCUAUUGAAAAUACAAUUCUCACAGGAGCAAAUAAGGAUUCUCUGGGCUCAACCACAGUUAAAGAAAAUAUCAUGGGAAAUGUUAAAGAGUUGAUAACUGGUGUUUUUGAGGGCUCAGCUGACCUAUAUUCCACUGUUCAGACCAUGCCAUCUGUGACAUUUCACGGUAACACAGCUAUUGAAAACAUACAACGUAUAAUGGAUAUUACGGCUGAGGAGCUGUCAUACACAGUCGAGAAGCUUUCACCGUUCACUGACUAUAUAGUUAGUGUGUCUGCAUUUACAGUUGUAGGAGAAGGACCUCCAACUGAUAUUGUUGUUCGAACAAGUGAGCAAGUUCCCAGCUCAGUGGAGAAUAUAAAUUAUAAGAAUAUUAGUUCAACAUCUAUUCUGGUUUUUUGGGAUCCUCCUUUGGAGCCAAAUGGAAGGAUUACUCACUACACAGUUUAUGCCAUGGAGCUGAACACAAGCAACUCUUUCCAUAAGAUAACAAGCAUAAACAACAUUCUAAUAACAGGUUUGAAAAAAUACACAGACUACAAGAUGCGUGUAACAGCGUCAACAAAAGCCGGAGAGAGCGCUUCCACAGAAGAAAAUGAUAUUUUUGUUAGAACUCUAGAAGAUGUACCUGGAUCACCUCCUCAAAAUCUGAUUUUAAUUGGUGUAAAUUCCACUGCCAUUAAUUUAGAGUGGAUGCCACCUUCAAAGCCAAAUGGAAUUAUUACGCACUAUGAAAUAAUGUACGAAAAUUCUACUGCACAGUUUGCCCUCAAUACAUCAUCAACAAGUUAUUCUUUGACUGAUUUAAACCCGUACACUCUGUACAGCAUUUCAGUUCGAGCCUAUACAAUAUUUGGAAAUGGAAAUCAAACAACAUCACCAUUGUCUGUAAGGACAUCAGAAACUGUACCUGACAGUGCACCAGAAGACAUAACAUACAAAAAUAUAUCAUCCACUGAAAUAAUAGUGUCUUUCCAUCCACCUCUUAUACCCAAUGGAAUAAUAAAGUACUAUACCAUAUACAUAACAUGGUUGAAUGGAACCACAGAACGAGCUGUGAACACGACUCAUCUUUCAAAGAGCAUUACCGGUUUAAAGAAAUAUACCAGCUACCUCUUGAAAAUCUCUGCCAGUACUGUAAAUGGGGAAGGAGUAUAUAGUACAGAGCAGAAUGUUAUUACAGAAGAAGACGCUCCAUCCUCUCCUCCACGGUUUCUGUCUGUAAAACAGUUGUCCAGUAUAACUGUUAAGUUGUCAUGGAAACAACCUCUUGAGCCAAAUGGAAUUAUCCUUUUCUACACAGUGUAUAUAUGGAAUACUUUAUCUAACAAAACUAUCAAUGUGUUUGAAACUUCAGUAGAGUUGAUGGACCUGGAAAGCAACAAUGAAUAUGUUGUAUAUGUUACAACAAGUACUAGGUUUGGUGAUGGAGGAGUAAACAGUGACAGUAUUAAAUUUAGAACAUCAGAAGGAGCUCCAAGUGAUCCACCUAAGCAUGUGUCGUACACAAAUGUGACGUCUACCUCAGUUAUGGUUUACUGGAGCCCUCCAUCUAAACCAAAUGGAAUCAUACAAUACUACUCUGUCUAUUAUAGGAAUAUUUCUGACAUUUAUAUCAAGAACUUUAAAGAUGAUGAUAUCAAUUAUAUUGCUAAUAAUACCUUAUCAGCAAUGAUUGAAGGAUUGGCUAAGUUUAGCCACUACACAUUUUGGGUUACUGCCAGCACUGCACUUGGAGAUGGCAACCAAACAAGUGAAGAGCUUGACAUUUACACAGAAGAGGAUGUUCCAGAUUCUUCACCAAUAAUCAGUGACUACAAAAAUUUAUCAUCAUCCUCUGUGGAAUUAUCAUGGAAACCUCCAGAGCAUCCAAAUGGAAGAAUAACUAGUUACUAUUUACAGAUUUAUGGACCAGAAAGCAAUUAUUCUUUUUCUACAGAUCAAGUUAAUAUCAUUUUAGAAGAUCUUAAACCGUUCACACAGAUUUGCAUAUUUGUUGCUGCUAGAACAGUUAAAGGGACAGGUCCAUUUGCAAAGCUUUUAUUUCAAACAGAUGAAGCAGCACCAUCAAAACCUCCUCAGAAUCUUACGUUUAUCAACGCAACUGAUUCUGCUGCUUAUUUACAGUGGAGUCCAAGUCCAGUGCCAAAUGGUCUUGUGCUUUUUUACAAUUUUAAAAUAAUGGAAAAUAGCAGCCAUUCUGUAUUUUUUCAGAAUGUCUCUGGUUGGAGAACUGAAGCAGUGCUUACUGGACUUGAACCUUUUACGACAUAUUUUGCUAGUGUGGCAGCUUACACAAAAGUUGGAAAUGGGAACCAGUUUAGCAAUAUUGUCAGUUUUACAACAAAACAAUCAGUUCCUGAUAGAGUCCAGAAUUUAUAUUGCUUAUCAACUAGUUGGCAGUCAAUUUUACUUCAAUGGGACCCACCAGUACGACCUAAUGGAAUGGUAACCAAUUACAUCAUAACAUUUGAAGGUGAAGAUACUUAUGUGCUGAGCAAUGUCUACACUUUUAGAGAACUACUUGCAAAUACCACUUACUAUUUAAAAAUAAAAGCUGUGAAUUCUGCUGGGGAAGGAAUGGAGGAAGAAUGUAACGCCACUACUAAAUCUGAAGAAGUUCCUAGUGUUCCAAGAGAUGUCACUUUUAAAAGUAUUGAUUCUACAAGUAUAACAUUAGGAUGGAGUAAACCAGAAAUUAUAAAUGGUUAUUUAAGAAACUACAAAAUUACUCUACAACUUCUUGCUACUAAAUGCAGUGAUUGGGAUCACCCUAAAUGUAUUGAGAUUACUCAGGAUCUUUACUCAUUUGAAGAUGGAAAAAAUGCUGAGAAAACAAUAUAUGGAUUAAAGAAAUUCAGAUGGUAUAGAAUUCAAAUUUCUGCCAGUUCGAGUGCUGGCUAUAGUAUUCCUUCCGCCUGGUUUCACGUUCAGACCUCCUCUGGUCCUGCAGAUGGACCUCCAGAAAAUGUGACAGUGAGAGCCACAUCCCCUUAUAGCAUUAAUAUAAGCUGGGAUGAACCCACAAUCAUCACAGGCCCAACAUCCUUCAUAAUUAAUGUUUCUUCAGUUGAUAGUGAUGAGUAUAGUACCAUGUUUAUUAUUGGAAGCAAUGAGAGCAAGAGCAUAGACGUGUUUUAUUUGAAGCCUUGCACCAGAUAUACCGUUUCGGUUACAGCCUUCACUGGACGCCUAGAUUUGGCCUUGAUGGAGGGAAAAACUAGCAUUCCUGUGAUGGUUACCACUCAUGAAGCAGCACCAAGUGACCCACCUAAAAACAUAACAGUUCAGAAGAUUCCAAAUGAAGUUACAAAAUUUCAGAUGACCUUUAUUCCUCCAGAUGAUACUAAUGGAAAGAUUCAAGUUUUUCAAGCAGUGGUUUAUAAAGAAGAUGACCCUAGUAGCUCCCAAAUCCGCAACUUAAGUAUCAUUGAAAGAAACAAUCAGUCUGUAACUGCAUUCAUAGAAGGGCUGAAAGGGGGAUACACAUACAACAUAACGUUAUAUGCUGUAAAUGGAGCUGGGGCAGGACCACAUAUACAGAUGAAAUUUACGACAGAUAUUAAAGAACCAGCUCGACCUAAGAAAAAACCUGUUCCUGUAUAUGACCCUAGUGGGAAAGUAAUUGCCAGUUCUACCACAAUUACAAUCAAGAUGCCAAUAUGCUAUUUUACGGAUGACAAUGGCCCAAUCAAAAGCCUUCAGAUUCUUGUUUCCGAAGUGGGAGCACAUCAUGAUGUAAAUGUUACAAAGUGGCACGAAGCAUAUUUCAAAAAACCAAAGCCAUAUUUCACUGAUGAAGGAUUUCAGAAUCCGCCUUGUUUACAAGGAAGAGAGCGAUUUUACAGCAAAGAGGAAGUGUAUAUUAUUGGGAGUGACAACACCUGUAUCCUGCAGGGCAAUGAAGACAAAUUCUGCAAUGGGCCGCUUAAGCCAAGAAAGCAAUACUUGUUUAAAUUUCGAGCAACAAAUAUUAAAGGCCAAUUUACAGAUUCAGAAUAUUCUGACGUAAUAAAAACACUAGCUGAGGGACUAUCAGAAAGAGCAGUAGAAAUAAUAUUGUCAGUUACCCUGUGUGUUCUUUCAGCAAUACUGCUAGUGGCAGCAAUCUAUGCAUUCGCAAGAAUUAGACAGAAACAGAAAGAGGGAGGGACCUAUUCCCCACGGGAGGCAGAAACUACCGACACUAAAUUCAAGAUAGAUCAGUUGAUUACAGUGGCAGACUUGGAGCUGAAGGAUGAGAGAUUAACACGGCUGCUUAGUUAUAGGAAAUCACUCAAGCCUAUAAGCAAGAAAGGAUUUCUUCAGCACAUUGAAGAGCUCUGUACAAAUAACAACCUGAAGUUUCAGGAAGAAUUUUCGGAACUUCCAAAGUUUAUUGAAGAUCUUGCAAUAUCUGAUGCUGAUCUGCCAUGGAAUCGUUCAAAAAAUCGCUUCACAAACAUAAAACCCUAUAACAAUAACAGGGUGAAACUUAUAGCAGACGCUGGUGUACCAGGCUCUGACUACAUUAAUGCAAGCUAUGUGUCUGGUUACAUUUGUCCUAAUGAAUUUAUUGCCACCCAAGGACCAUUGGGGGGAACUGUAGGAGAUUUCUGGAGGAUGGUUUUGGAGACCCGAACAAAGACCAUUGUUAUGCUUACACAGUGUUUUGAGAAAGGAAGGAUCAGAUGUCACCAAUACUGGCCUGAAGAUAACAAACCAGUCACUGUUUUUGGAGAUAUAGUAAUCACAAAAGUCAUGGAAGAUGUUCAGAUCGACUGGACUAUUCGGGAAUUAAAGGUUGAAAGGCAUGGAGAUUUUAUGAUGGUACGACAAUGUAACUUUACUUCGUGGCCGGAACAUGGAGUCCCGGAAAACACAACUGCCUUAAUUCAUUUUGUAAAGAUGAUUCGAUCAAACAGACCACAUGAAAAUACCCCAAUAACAGUACACUGCAGUGCUGGAGUUGGAAGGACAGGAGUAUUUAUUGCACUGGAUCAUUUAGUCCAACACAUCAAUCAUCAUGAUUUUGUGGACAUUUAUGGUCUUGUAGCAGAGCUAAGAAGUGAAAGAAUGUGUAUGGUGCAAAAUCUGGCACAAUAUAUUUUUUUGCAUCAAUGUGUUGUGGAUCUAUUAGCAAGCAAAGGCAGCAACCAGGCGGCCAUCUGUUUUGUAAAUUAUUCUGCUCUUCAAAAAAUGGACUCUUUGGAUGCCAUGGAAGGUGACGUUGAGCUUGAAUGGGAAGAAACAACAAUGUAAUAACUAUAGUAAAAAAAAUGUUUCUUGCUGCAGGAGCCAACUGUGUUCUCCUCAAUGGACAAGAAUAUCUAUAUAAAAAAUAGACAUAUUUCACUAUUGCUGUGCCUUAAACUAUUGAUUUUAAUAUUAUAUGCACUCAAAGAACAUUAACAUACUUUUUGCACUGCUAUCAUCAAAGAAGAUAUUGAAAGUUGACUCAAUAUUUCUUGAUUUAUCUUUUGAGAGAUACAAAAAUGGAGCCAAAUUUCUUGUAAAAUAUUACUGUCCUCUGUGUGGAUAUUUCAUUGUGAGUUUAAUGUUAUCUUUUUUGUUGUUGUUGUCGUUUGAUUUUGAAUUAAAAAGAAAUUCCUUGAUGGGGUAGUGUAAUUGUGGCUUUUAGUAUUAAUUACAUUUUUUUGUCAUUCCAGGCCUGUCAUAUUUUUUUUUCCAUUUAUAAAUAUAGGCCUUUUGUGUUUAGAAGCUUCUGUUUUGCGAAUGUUCAGAUGUCAUUCUCUGAUCCUCAACAGCUGAAUAGUAACCCUGUGACACUACUAAAAUUAUUUGCCUUUUACAUAGUAGCUCUUCAGAGACAUUUGAGACCGGUUAACCCCUUCUCUUCUCUGUCAGAACAGCCUGCAGCGCAUUAUCAUACAAUGUGUUGCAGCCCACUUUAGCAGCCAAAGGGUUAAACAGUGACAGCCAAAUUUGUAUUGCUCACAUGCCGAUGUCACUGAAACAAGGAGAAACUUGGUGAAAAAUGACCUCAUGUUUCUGUUACUUUUUUUAAAUUACAUAACAGAAUAAAGCUUUGAUUUAUUGUAAACCCUGA